GAGAGAGCAUGAGGAUGAGAGCUCAGUUCCAGAGUGACUCGCUUUGCCUUUGCCCGCUCAGUUUGAAGACAUCAGUAGACUAAGACCAGGAGAGGAACCUUGCAGGCGGAGCUGUACCGACUACAUUUUUUUUCUGUCUCUCUCCUUCUGUGGUGUUUUUUUUCUACGGGUGAAGCCUCCUACAUUAACUGAAGCAGCAGGACCACAUGCAACAGGGUGUAGAAGCCAAACUCCCUCCAAUUCUUUCGCUUCUCUGCUCAAGAAAAGAGCAAGAAAGAGAUGCCCUGCAAUCUGGAAUAGUUUUAGAAGAAGACGAAACAUCGCAGUGUAGAGGUCCUUGUUUCCGUGGCUUUUGUGCUAGAUUUGUUAAGGAAACCUUCAAAGUUAUGACUAAAAGAAAGUGGGAGGGGAGGAGAGAAGGCUUCAAAGUCAACACCACAAAGGAAGAGGCACAGGGGCCCGGGCGCCCCUCCACCAGAGGGCGCUUCUCCGAGUCUUGGAAGAGACUGAGCUCCAGAAAAGGGUCUACCAAGAGGUCAGGACUGGCCUCACAGCAAGCAGCGGCACAGAAAUCAUGGAUAGAAAGAGCUUUCAGCAAGAGAGAAUGUGUGCACAUUAUUGUAAGCACCAAAGACCCCCAUAGGUGCUGUUGUGGCCGUCUAAUUGGUCAACAUGUUGGCCUGCCCCCCAGCAUCUCAUCCAAUCAGAAUGAGAAGUCAGAGCGUGUGCCAAAGAAUGACAGCUUGUCAGAGAAGUGGUCCAUCAGCAAGCACACCCAGCUCAGUCCCACUGACGCCUUUGGAACCAUUGAGUUCCAGGGAGGUGGACACUCCAACAAAGCAAUGUAUGUACGAGUGUCUUACGACACUAAGCCAGACUUACUGCUGCAUCUGAUGACAAAGGAGUGGCAGCUGGAGCUUCCCAAACUGCUCAUCUCUGUUCAUGGAGGACUUCAGAACUUCGAGCUGCAGCCCAAACUCAAGCAAGUCUUCGGCAAGGGUCUCAUCAAGGCAGCCAUGACCACUGGGGCCUGGAUCUUCACUGGAGGAGUCAAUACUGGAGUCAUAAGACAUGUUGGUGAUGCUCUAAAAGACCAUGCUUCCAAAUCGAGAGGGAAGAUCUGUACUAUUGGUAUUGCACCCUGGGGGAUUGUGGAGAACCAGGAAGACCUAGUGGGCAAAGAUGUGGUCCGGCCGUACCAGACGAUGUCUAACCCUCUUAGUAAGCUAACGGUUCUCAACAGCCUACACUCCCACUUCAUUUUGGCUGAUAAUGGCACCACCGGAAAGUAUGGAGCAGAAGUCAAACUGCGCAGACAGCUAGAGAAGCACAUCUCUCUGCAAAAAAUCAACACGCGGAUCGGACAGGGUGUUCCAGUGGUGGCUCUAAUAGUGGAGGGGGGUCCUAAUGUGAUCUCUAUCGUGCUUGAGUACCUGAGAGACACUCCUCCUGUGCCUGUGGUGGUGUGUGAUGGCAGCGGCCGUGCCUCUGACAUCCUGGCCUUUGGGCAUAAGUACUCAGAGGAGGGCGGAAUCAUAAACGAAUCUUUGAGAGACCAGUUAUUAGUCACCAUUCAGAAGACGUUUACGUACAGCCGGACACAGGCCCAGCAUCUCUUCAUUAUUCUGAUGGAGUGCAUGAAGAAGAAAGAACUGAUAACAGUAUUUCGGAUGGGAUCAGAGGGACACCAAGACAUUGACCUGGCCAUUCUAACAGCUCUUCUGAAAGGGGCCAAUGCAUCAGCUCCAGAUCAACUGAGCCUGGCUUUGGCCUGGAACAGAGUUGACAUCGCACGAAGCCAGAUCUUCAUUUAUGGACAACAGUGGCCUGUGGGCUCUCUAGAGCAGUCUAUGCUGGACGCACUGGUGUUUGACAGAGUGGACUUUGUGAAGCUGUUGAUUGAGAAUGGAGUGAGCAUGCACCGCUUCCUGACACUGUCCAGACUUGAAGAGCUCUAUAAUACGAGGCAUGGUCCGUCCAACACCUUGUACCACCUUGUCAGAGAUGUAAAAAAGCAAGAAUAUCCAGGGUUCAGUUGGAUCUACCUCAAGGGUAACCUGCCCCCUGACUACCGCAUCAGCCUGAUUGACAUCGGAUUGGUAAUUGAAUACCUCAUGGGUGGAGCCUAUCGCUGCAAUUACACCAGGAAGAGAUUUCGGACUCUCUAUCACAACCUUUUUGGACCCAAAAGACCAAAAGCCCUGAAGCUGCUUGGAAUGGAGGAUGACAUGCCCAUUAGGCGAGGACGUCAGAAGACCACAAAGAAGCGAGAGGAGGAAGUAGACAUUGACCUGGAUGACCCAGAAAUCAAUCACUUCCCUUUCCCAUUCCAUGAGCUGAUGGUUUGGGCAGUGCUGAUGAAACGGCAGAAGAUGGCCCUGUUCUUCUGGCAGCAUGGCGAGGAGGCCAUGGCUAAAGCGCUGGUGGCCUGUAAGCUCUGUAAGGCAAUGGCCCACGAAGCUUCAGAGAACGACAUGGUAGAUGACAUUUCACAAGAGCUCAAUCAAAACUCAAGGGAGUUUGGUCAGCUGGCUGUUGAGCUGCUCGAUCAGUCGUAUAAGCAGGAUGAACAGAUGGCCAUGAAGCUGUUAACCUACGAGCUGAAGAACUGGAGUAAUGCCACCUGUCUGCAGCUGGCAGUGGCUGCCAAGCACAGGGACUUCAUCGCCCACACGUGUAGCCAGAUGCUUCUCACUGACAUGUGGAUGGGACGUCUGCGUAUGCGCAAGAACUCUGGCCUAAAGGUUAUCUUAGGCCUGCUUCUGCCCCCCUCCAUAUUGAGUCUUGAGUUUAAAAAUAAGGACGAGAUGUCGUAUAUGCCACAGGAUCAGGACACCUACCUGCAGGAGAAGGAUGUGGAUGAACCUGAGAAACAAGCUAAGGAGAAAGAGGAGGAUGACAUGGAGUUCACAGUAAGAUCUUACUGUGAGACGCAGUACAACUCCGUGGCUAUGCUGGGAAAUGUCAGUUCAGAAGCGUCGCGUAAGAAACAGGUGGAAGAGGUUCAGACCCGCCAUCGACUGAUUCCAGUGGGUCGCAAAAUUUAUGAGUUUUACAACGCCCCUAUCGUCAAGUUCUGGUUUCACACGUUGGCCUAUGUAGGAUACUUGAUGCUCUUCAACUAUAUUGUUCUGGUGAAGAUGGACCUGUGGCCCUCUCCUCAGGAGUGGAUUGUUAUUGCCUACAUUUUCACCAAUGGCAUUGAGAAGAUGAGAGAGAUCCUCAUGUCAGAGCCAGGGAAGCUCCUGCAGAAGGUGAAAGUGUGGUUGCAGGAGUACUGGAACAUCACUGACCUCAUGGCCAUCCUCAUCUUCUCCAUCGGGAUGGUGCUUCGCCUGCAGGACCCACCCCUGAUGAGCUACGGGAGGGUCAUUUACUGUGUCAAUAUCAUCUAUUGGUACAUACGACUGCUUGAUAUCUUUGGAGUGAACAAAUACCUGGGUCCAUACGUCAUGAUGAUCGGCAAGAUGAUGAUUGACAUGAUGUAUUUUGUGAUCAUCAUGUUGGUGGUACUGAUGAGUUUCGGAGUGGCGCGGCAGGCUAUCCUCAAUCCCAAUGAGGACCCGUCCUGGAUGCUGGCACGCAACAUCUUCUUCAUGCCAUAUUGGAUGAUCUACGGAGAGGUGUUUGCUGACCAAAUCGACCAUGUGAAUAGUAGGAAGCUACAUCACAAAGUGAAUGACAAACUCUGGCUGGUCGAAAAUUACAUUCGCACUCAUGGAACUGGGCGUAACAGUGGUCCAUCCCAUAUAGCUCCAUGUGGUCAGAACAUCACCACAGAGGAAGGAGUCAUCGUGUCUCUCCCACCUUGCAAAACAGGAGCUUGGAUUGUCCCCGCCAUCAUGGCCUGCUACUUGCUGGUGGCCAACAUCCUUCUGGUUAAUUUGCUCAUUGCUGUCUUUAAUAACACAUUCUUUGAAGUGAAGUCCAUCUCCAACCAGGUGUGGAAGUUCCAGAGGUACCAGCUGAUCAUGACCUUCCAUGAACGGCCUGUCCUUCCUCCUCCUCUCAUCAUUUUCAGCCACAUAACUAUGGUCCUCAAACACCUCUGCUGUCGCUGGAGGAAACAUGAUGAGGAUGAGCGGGACUAUGGGCUGAAGCUCUUCAUUACUGAAGAUGAACUGAAGAAGGUACAUGACUUCGAAGAGCAGUGCAUGGAGGAGUAUUUCAGAGAGAAAGAUGACCGCUUCAAUUCCUCCAAUGAUGAGAGGAUACGUGUGACAUCUGAAAGGGUGGAGAACAUGGCAAUGCGUCUUGAGGAAGUGAAUGAGAGGGAACAUUUCAUGAAAGCAUCCCUGCAGACUGUGGAUAUCCGGCUCGCCCAGAUGGAGGAGAUGAUCGGCCGCAUCGCUGUGGCACUGGAGCGGGUUGGUGGUAUGGAUCGAGGAGAAGUCAACAAAGCCCGGUCAAGGACAUCAUCUGACUGCACAGAUACAAAUUAUAUCCUGCGCCAGAGCAGUUUCAACAGCCAAGAAGGCAAUUCCUACAGGCUACAGGAGUCCUUGGAGCAGGGUGGCGAAGAGUCCAUUUCCCCUACAUCUCCAACCACUCUGGCCCCACGUGUCCGCAGUCACUCCUUCUAUGUAAGCCACUCCUCCAAGGACAAGAGCGGUGCAGAUCGAGGAGAAGGCUACUUUAAAGACAGAUUGUUCAGCCUCCAUCGGGCCAACAGCUCACAAUCUGUGUCCUCAGGAGCAGGUCCCAAAGAGUCCAAGCCCACACCUUUGAAUACUUUAUCUGUGGACCAGCAGCUACGCCCUUCUUCCUGUAUAGACAUCUAUGUUUCUGCCUCAGAGGACGUCCCGCCCACUGAGAGCUUCUUGGAGCCCGUCCGGGCAGUUCCAUCUCUUGCUCGAGACUCAUCUCUCCAUUCUGAGAUCAUGGAGGUGGUGCUCUCAGGGGGGCGGGACUGCAGUGGAAGGGCAGGGGGCAGCGAAAGACAGUCGGAUGGCACGGUCCUGUUUGAAGACAGCGCUGCCGCUGACCUAUCGCUCUGCUCUGCCCACCUGCUGCCGGAUACCUUGCCCUCCUGGGACCUGGACCCCUCGCCGCCACCAUCAGCCGGUGCUCUCGAGCGGUCCAAGAGCAGCCGUUUCCUAUCCGCAGCAGGGCCUCUGUUUCUGGACGAGCCACCAUUGGUUAAGUCGCACAGCCUGAUGUUCACGUCACGUGGUUACUAUGGUGGCAUGGGCGUGCAGGUAAAGGCAGCCGAAUAUACCAGCAUAACAGAUUGCAUUGACAUCCGUUGCGUCUCUACCCCUUACCCUGUCCCAGAGAGGUCUGACUCACCUGGAGGCUCUUUCACAUUCGAUAAGCCCCAGGACCUGGGUGUCUCACACCCUGAGAGAGAUGCCGAGCUCAGUCACGCAGAAUCUGAUCCAGAAGAACAUGCAGAGGGGUCAGCACACACAGGUAAGGGGGGUCAAAGCAGCAGUGGGGGAAUAGGUGCAGAUCUGGGCCUGGGCCUCGCACUGGGCCCGUUUUGCUCGCCGAUUUCUAGACUAGAGCGUGCAAACAGCUGCUCCUCUUCGGAGGAGUCGCACUCCAACAUCUACUCCCGAAAGAGCUUUUCCAUUAGUGAGAAAAUGGACAAGGGUCGUGGAAGCUCCAGGAAUCCGUUCCAGAAGGCCAGAGCUGGGGCAAGGCUGGAGGGUAAGACAGACUCACUGUCCAUGAGGAAACUGGCCAAACCCUCAGCGUUCCAAAGUUUUGAUAGCAGACACAAUUACACGUGAUGAUGGCAGACAAGUAGUGAUGCCAUUGUAGAUCUAGUUCCUGUAGGAUGGCUCUACCUCGUUUAAAAUCCAAGGGCCAGUCCAUUAAUUAGUACUGUCUGAGUGAGUAAUUAGCUGUACACUGGAAUGUUUAUCAUAGGUAUCAACUUCCUGUUAAUUUUCUGUUAUAACACUGCAAUGCAAAAUCAGAUUUUCUUUAGUAUUCAUAGAUUCAGAAGAUGACCACUGCCAUUAGGCCAACAUUAGUACCCAGUUGAGGGGAAAACCUUGAAAUUAAGGGCCUGUUAACACUAUGAUGAAUGUUCGGUAUGAUAAAAAUAAUAAUUUGAAUGAAUAGCUGUUAAUGCAGAAUUUUAUCUUUUUGAGUUUUUGUAAUCUUUUCCAUUGCACUGCAAAGAAAACUGGCCAACCAAUAAGCUUUUUAGUCACAUGUCCACAGCCACUGCUGUUACAUAAAUUACAGCUUAAGGGUUGGUCACUCAUGCAAAGAAGUUUUGCAUUUUGCUGCAUUCCAAAGUUCAAGUUUGGUGAACUCUGAAACCGUGAAAGUGUGUGACCAAUAGAAGACUGAUACGUAAUGGCAUGGCCUCUUAGCUGAAUUAAAAGAACAUACAUUUCAUGCAGUGCUACAGGAAAGUGGAGUAGAUUGUAUGUUUUACAUUGUAGAUUUAUUAUUAAUUGUUGUGUGUUGAAUUUAAAAGACGCUGCAGAGUGUGACGUCAUAUCAUGACUGUUGCAGUGUAUGAAGAAAGUGUGACCUCUGCUUUAGUAGCGCUCACCUACAGACCAUUUUGCAGAUCCUUUCUCUGUUUCAAAGAAAUAUUAAAUAGCAGAGCAAGGAUCUGGAACUGGCUCUAAUGGCUCUGUACUCUUGUAUUUGGAUUUGUUUGAUAUACACCAUAGCGAAUUAAAAAAAAAAAAAUCUCAACGGCUGUUUGAAAACAUGUAAAUACAAAUACCAAAAAUUUGACUUAUUUCUCUUUGACGAGCUUCAGAAAUGAAAAGUAUUAAGUAAAAAAGCAUUUUGUGUACCAGAACAUUUCUCCUAAUCUGUAAGCGUCACCUACUGUCAGGGAGUGCUUUUGUAUUUUAACAGACAAAUUGCACUUGCAGCUGAAUUUUUGUGCUGAACAUUUGUGUUGGUGUGAACAGGCCUUCACAUAACCUUGCGAUGCAAAUUACUGUUUUAGCUUAAGUGAGUCACCCUCAUCACAGCAUGAAUAAUGUUCUCUCUUUAUAGACUGAUUUCUUGAGUGUAUCUCCUACAGGCCAGAUAAAGUGAUGGUUUAAUUCCAAAACAAUUUGAAAUUUAAAUGAAAACAGGACUUUGACAGUUACAAAAUGUAAUGCUAAAGUUUGUUGUGUAUACGAAGAUUUGUUCUGUCAUUUAAAACCCACACGCCAGAUUAGACAAACAUACACAUAUCUUCCCUAACAUGUUGAAUGUGGAAUAUAAUUAGUUUUAUUAUGAAAGGAUUAACCUUCUUGGAGCCUUGAAAUAUCUCUUGGCCCAUGUGGGUGUAUACAUCUGCAUUCAAAAAGCUUCAUAGUCACACAGCAUUCAGUAAUGUUAUAUAAGGUGUCCGUAUGCAGCAAAAGUUUGUGCAGAAUUUCCAUUUUUGUUAUUAAACAGAUAACAAAUUUUAAAGUGUUAAAUGAUCAUGUUUUGUCUUUUGCAGUCUGCUUUGUUCCAAAUAUAUCACAGCAGGGUGCCCAUUUGAGUGUAUUUAAAUAAAAGUAACUGGUUGAACCCUACACUAACAGCAUGUUUGCUAUGGAAUGCUAGUUUAAAGCUUACUGUGCUGUAUAUACUGUAUACUGCAUACUAUUUAUUAAUAGUAUGUGGUAGAAGUAAACAGUAUAUGAUGAUAAAUGUUUCAAACAGUAGUAUGCUACAUUGUUGUCACAUAACAUGACUAUAUUGCAAGUGUAAUUUGGAAAUACGUAUUUAUCUCAGUUUUGUAUAAAAAUAUCACACAAAUGAAAAGUCAAGCAUACUGAAUUGUCAGCUACACUAUUACGCAGUGUGUUCAGAUUGUAUCCUGCACAGGUAGCAGGUAAUUUUAAGUAUUUCCAUUCAAGUGCUGCUGUGGCAAAAAUAUAUAGUAGUAUGAAAGUAUGCCAUUCCAAACAUACUUUUCAGACUGUUGCAAGGGUUAAAAUGUGUAGAGAACCUUUCCAAAAUGGAUUUUAAAGCAAAACGCCUGGUUGUCUUUAUAUGAGUGUAUGUUGUUUUACACAGAACAGGUACUAUAAACUUGCUAUGCAAGACACCACAGAGAGUUGGUCGGUCGGUCAGUAAGAAGUGUAAUGCACUUUAAAGCAGGAGUUCAUUAUGCACACCAGUCUCAUCACUAAUCAAUCUGAUUGUGCAGUGUUUAAUUCGGAACGAUAUAAAAGCACAUCAGCACAGUUGAGACAGGGACCCAUUCAAUGUUAAAUAUGUCUUUAAUGAACACAAGUACAUAAUAUUCUCUUCUAUUUUAAGCAAGUUAUAUGCCUUGGCAAUUUUCUUCCUCUUUUAUGGUUGAGAUAUAUAUUUAUGUUUGGUUUAUUGUUUAUGAUGGGGGAAAAAUAUUGUAUUAUAGUGGGCGUUUAGAAGGAUAAGGAGAUCUGGACAGACUUGUAUUUAAAAAUGCAUAUAAAUCAAUCAAUCAUUUUUUUUUUUAUUAAAGUAGAUUAUUUGCUACUCUACAAUAUGCUGUUUUAAAUUGAUUUUCAUAUUAAAUCAAAUGAAAGUGCAGGUUUAAAGCAAUACAGAAAUGUGAUUUGUAUCUCCCGUGUAAAAUUUUAAUUAAAUUUUAAUUUAUACUUUAAAUUUAUACUUUUCAAUAUAGUCACUUUUUAGUAAAUGAAUUACUUGAGCCAUUCUGAUUCCACCACACGUAUCACUCAUAGGAUGUAUUUUAUUUGCCUUACCAAUGUGCAAUACUGCUAAGAGAUUUGAAAACAUUUAUUAGUCACAGUGUUCUGAGAUGUAGAAGUAUGCACUCAGUGUUAGAGCUUGUAUGUGAACCAAAAGCAAAAUAAUAAAAGACAUGAUUUUAUUUUUUGUGCAUUGCAGUAAUUCUAAUCACUGUGGUUUUCAUAUAUCCAAUGAUCUUAAUAUCAGUAUUAGUAAGACAUUCACUAUGUUGAUUGGAUUUGCUUCAUUUUAUAUGAUUUCAAACUUGAUUUCCUCUUUGGGCCAUGUCUACAAGAUGAUUAUACUGCAAAGAGCUUUAAAAUAAAGGUAAAAUUUAUAAAUGAACAAUACAUGGGUCCUUAAAAUAUGUCCAUGCUGUAUUAUUUUGGGAAAUGUCAUUUAACAAACCCUCUUGUUGGACUGGUUCCAGCAAAAGAAGACAGAGGGAGUUAUGAAGUUAAUGGAUUGCAGUUUAUCUCACUAUCGCCUGUUUUGCUCUCGUUAAGAGUUUUUAUUUGGGAUAGAAGACCGAGCAUAUUUAUGACACUUGUUUUUCCACGUGUAAAUGUUUUGUAUAUGAUCUGUAAAUCUUUCUGUGGAUGUAAAAAAUGAGUUUAAUAUAAUAAUGAUAGGAUUUUAAGAGAGCAUUUCUGUGACUGAUAGAAGACAUUACACUAUGACAACCUACCCAAUGUGCCAAAAUGACAUCACAACUUAUAACUUUAUGUACAGUAUUUUCUUAAUAUUUUCCUAUAUUGUAGCAUAAAAGGUUGUGAAUUGUAUACCACUUUUAGUCAAGUUCCCCCCACUUCUUUUUAAACUUAUUGGUGAGCACUUGUCUGCUAACAAGUACAAGCACAUGUUUUCUGCAAUAAUGCUGUAGUUUGAACGGAAAGGUCUUAAUUUACUUAGUGUCUUUUUUAAUGUGUGUUG